AAAAAUUUCUUUUUUUAAUUGACCAUAAAUAAUGGAUAUAGUAGGAGUAAGACUUAGUAAUUAUCAUAGAAUGUGUUACCAUAAGUUUUGAAAGAUGAAGCUACAGAAGAUAAGGGUGAGAUGGCUAGAUUGGUAAAAAUUGAAUAAAAUAGAUUUUUAGUAAAGUUUUGUAGGUGCAAUAGCAGUAGCAGAUUUAGUGAAAACAACAUUAGGACCAAAGGGAAUGGUUAGAAUAAUGAAUAAAUAGUAUAGGAUAAAAUAUUGAAACCAACAGGACCAGGUUAAGAAAUGAGUCAUAUUACUGUAACAAAUGAUGGUGCCACAAUUCUCAAGUCUAUGUAUGUAGAGAAUCCAGCAGCAAAGAUUUUGAUAGAGAUAAGCAAGACAUAAGAUGAGGAAGUAGGAGAUGGGACAACAACAGUUGCAGUAUUAGCAGGUGAAUUAUUGCGGGAAGGAGAGAAAUUAAUUUAGAAAAGAAUUCAUCCAUAACAUGUAAUAGCUGGUUGGAGAAUUGCAAGAGAUAUUGCAUUAAAAAGAUUAAGAGAUAUAUGUAUUAUAUAUUUUAAUUUAAUUAGCUACUGAAAAUGAUAUCAAUUCUUAAGAAUUUCAUGAUGAUUUAGUUAAAAUAGCUAGAACUACAUUGAGUUCAAAAUUAAUCACUUCUGAUAGAGAUUAUUUUGCAGAUUUAUGUGUAAACGCAGUACUUAGAUUAAAGGGAUCCUCUAAUUUAGAUUAUAUAUAAAUAAUCAAACUUCCAGGAGGAACUAUUAGAGAUUCAUAUUUAGAUGAUGGAUUUAUUUUAAAAAAAUAAAUUACAAUUGGAUGUAAAAGAAGAAUUGAAAAUGCAAAGAUAUUAGUAGCUAAUACUGCUAUGGAUUAUGAUAAAAUUAAAAUUUAUGGUACUAAAGUUAAAGUUAAUUCAAUGGAUAAAGUUGCUGAAAUUGAAGCAGCAGAAAAAGAAAAAAUGAAACAUAAAGUUGAUAAGAUUCUUAAAUAUUAACCAACAGUAUUUGUUAAUAGAUAAUUAAUUUAUAAUUAUCCAGAAUAAUUAUUAGCAGAUGCAGGAAUAACAGUAAUAGAACAUGCAGAUUUUGAAGGAAUGGAAAGAGUAGCUGCAGCAACAGGUGCUGAAAUUUUAUCUACAUUUGAUGCACCAGAAAGAUCAGAAUAAAUUUUAGGUCAUUGUGAUUUAAUAGAAGAAAUAAUGAUAGGAGAAGAAAAAGUAAAUUUAUUAUAAUUUAAAUUAAUUAGAUGAUUAAAUUUUCAGGAUGUAAGAAAAAUGAAGCAUGUACAAUAGUUUUAAGAGGUGCAAGUACACACAUUUUAGAUGAAGUUGAUAGAUCAAUUCAUGAUGCUUUAUGUGUCUUAAUUACAACUGUAAAAAAUAGAAGAGUAGUUUGGGGAGGUGGAAAUUCAGAAAUGUAAAUGGCAGCUGCUUGUGAAGAAGAAGCUAAAAAAGUUUAAGGAAAAUAAGCAUUCGCUAUUGAAGCAUUUGCUAAAGCUUUAAGAUAAAUUCCUACUAUUAUUUGUGAUAAUGGAGGUUUAUUAUAAUUUAUAAUUUAAUUUUAGGUUAUGAUUCAGCUGAAUUAAUUUAAAAUUUCAAAGUUGAAUUAUAAAAAGGUAAUAUAACUUAUGGUUUGAAUAUGACUGAUGGUACUAUUGGAAAUAUGAGUGAACUUGGUGUUAAGGAAUGUUUAAGAGUCAAAGAAUAAGCUUUAUUAGCUGCAAGUGAAGCAGCAGAACUUAUUAUGAGAGUAGAUAAUAUUGUUAAAUGUGCACCAAGAAAAAGAGAAAGAGCAUGAAGUAAAUUAUAAUAAUAAUACAAAAUUUAAGAUACAAAUCAUCUACUG